GUUUACAAUGCAAACAAUACAAAGAGAAUAUCACCUGCUGUAAAAUUUAAUUCAGAGCUUUUCGAGGCUUUACGGUAAAAGGAGGCGGGGCUAAAGUUAAACCAGGAAGUUUACAACACCGCUCCGUGUUUACACAUGUUUGCACGUUCACGUGGGGGAGAUUUUCGCUAUUAAAAUGUCUUCAAAGAAAAAUAAAAGCAAAUCCAAAAAAGGGAGUGAAGGGGAUAGUUCGGUUUUAUUAAAAGAGGGCUCCAGUGACUCCUCCAACCUGCAAGCAUCUGGCCACGAAGGAGGAAGCUGCAGAAGUCUGAACAGCAACUCAUUCACUGUCAUCGAUUUCAUUGAGAAAGCUGACGACAAAACACCCAAAAGCUGCCGAUCGACUUUAGUCCAACUGAGCCUCAAUUCAAUGAAGUCAGCCAGCGUUUGCAUCGGGAGACCAGUCCUACUGACGAGUCCCUCAGGACAACAAGAGGUGUGUUUAGGUUGGCCUGUUGCCUCCUUUCCAGGUGGAAAAGUCGGUCUUCAGAAAUGUGCUCAGAACAACCUCAGAGUGAAGUCAGGAGACGAGGUGACACUGCACCCGCUGACAGGUCCUGUGCUUCAGGCUGAGGAGGUGGUUCUCUCCAACAGGUCAAAAGAUGACACACUGGAGACGGAUGAGUUCAAGAACUUCUUCCUGAGGUCUCUGGUUGGGAACAUCAUUUUGCCAGGAAAUACCAUCUCCCUGACCUACUUUGGCCGCUCGUGCAGUCUCCGGGUCGAGACCAUAAGAGGGGAGGAUGGCGUCACCCUCCACAGACUGGCACCUCCCUCAGGACUUGGCCCUGACCCGGAGGAGUCCUCCGUGAUGAACUCCGUGCUGGACUCCACGUCAGCCGACCUGUCCCUGCAGCUCAGUUUGCUCACUGUGGAUGACAACAGCGCUGACGGGGCACCAAGCACGCCUGGAGACACGCUGGGGCCUGCAGCCAGCACCCCAUGCCGGCCAACCCUCCUCCCUUCUCUCUCCUCACCCUCUGCUCCUUGCACCCCAUCCUGCAGCUCCCAGAAUCCUCCUGCAGGGUCAGCGGAGGAUGCCGUCAGUAUGGAGGGCUCACUGAGCUCAGAGCAGGCAGAGAAAAUCCCCACAGCUCCCCCUGGUGGUGCUCUUAGUACUGACACCUUCUACUGCCUUUCCUGCUCCACUAAAGUCAGUUUCAGAUGCAGAACAGGGCAGCAGGAUCCAGAUGCAGAAGCUGCAAGGUCAAAGGUCACAUACAGCAUGAUUGGCGGGCUCAACAGCCAGUUGGACGUCAUCAGAGAAACCAUUGAGCUUCCUCUGAAACACCCCGAGUUGUUCUCCAGCUAUGGUAUUCCACCUCCCCGAGGAGUGCUACUGUACGGUCCCCCCGGCACAGGAAAAACUAUGAUUGGACGAGCUAUAGCCAAUGAGGUUGGAGCUCACAUGACGGUGAUCAACGGCCCAGAGAUCAUGAGCAAAUUCUAUGGUGAAACAGAAGCGAGGCUGAGGCAGAUAUUUACAGAAGCUUCUCAGAGACAACCUGCGAUAAUCUUUAUCGAUGAGCUGGAUGCUUUGUGUCCAAAGCGAGAGGGAGCGCAGAAUGAGGUGGAGAAGCGAGUCGUUGCUUCUCUCCUGACUCUGAUGGAUGGAAUUGGUUCAGAGGGUCACUCAGGUCAGCUGUUGGUCCUGGGAGCCACAAACCGGCCCCAUGCCCUCGACCCCGCCCUGCGUCGACCAGGACGCUUUGACAAGGAGCUGGAGGUGGGAGUUCCUGGUGCUGCGGAGCGUGCAGAUAUUUUGCAGAAGCAGCUGAGUCGCGUACCGUGCAGCGCCAACACCGAGGAGGUGACGCAGCUGGCCGACGCCGCUCAUGGAUACGUGGGAGCAGACCUCGCAGCUGUUUGCAAAGAAGCAGGUUUGCAUGCACUGAGGCGAGCACUGGGAGGUUCCCACCAACCACCGGACCAGCAGCUGACAGGGACAGUGACCGUCACUCUGCAGGACCUCCAGUGGGCCAUGUCUGUUGUGAAGCCAAGUGCAAUGAGGGAGGUCGCUAUCGAUGUCCCCAAGGUCUGCUGGUCAGAUGUAGGCGGGAUGGAGGAGGUGAAGCUGAAACUGAAGCAGGCCGUGGAGUGGCCUCUGAGGCACCCCGAGGCCUUCACCCGCAUGGGGAUCCAGCCACCCAAAGGAGUCCUGCUGUAUGGGCCACCAGGCUGCUCCAAGACCAUGAUAGCCAAGGCCCUGGCUAAUGAAAGUGGGCUCAACUUCCUAGCUAUUAAAGGUCCAGAACUACUGAGCAAGUAUGUUGGAGAGUCUGAAAGAGCUGUGAGAGAAGUGUUUCGGAAGGCGAGGGCCGUCGCUCCCUCCAUCGUCUUCUUUGAUGAGAUUGACGCUCUCGCCAGUGAAAGAGGAAGCUCCACGGGCUCCGGCGGUGUAGGUGACCGGGUCCUGGCUCAGCUUCUGACAGAGAUGGACGGCAUCGAGCAGCUCCGAGACGUCACUGUGCUGGCCGCCACCAACCGGCCCGACAUGAUCGAUAAGGCUCUGAUGCGUCCAGGUCGCCUUGACCGAAUCGUCUAUGUGCCUCUUCCAGAUGCUCCAACCAGAAAGGAGAUAUUUUCUCUCCAGUUCCGCAACAUGCCUGUGGCCAAAAAUGUGUGUCUUGAUGACCUGGUGACUCGGACCAGCAAGUAUUCUGGAGCAGAGAUAACAGCAGUAUGCAGAGAGGCUGCCCUCCUGGCCCUACAAGAGGACAUCAAAGCUCUGCACGUCGAGGCCAGACACUUUGAAAGCGCCCUGAACACUGUGAAGCCCCGGAUCCCCGACUCUCUCAUCCAGUCGUAUAUCAGCUAUCAGCAGCGACACAGCGGCCUGUGCUUCUUCUGAUCACGCUGCUGACGAUGAAGUCAGAACGAAGGAACUUGUAUUUCUAAUAAAAGAUUUUUUUAUUGUAGGUUUCAAAACAACACUGCCUGUGUGUUGGUAGCUCAGCCGACAAUGUUGUUUUAUUGUUUUGGAUUUGA